AGCUGGACAAGAAAGAUACAGGACCAUCACUACAGCCUACUACCGAGGAGCCAUGGGCUUCGUCCUCAUGUAUGAUAUCACCAGUGAAGACUCCUUCAAUGCAGUGCAGGACUGGGCCACGCAAAUCAAGACUUACUCCUGGGACAAUGCACAAGUGAUCCUGGUCGGAAACAAAUGUGACAUGGAGGAUGAAAGAAUUGUUCCUGUGGAGAAGGGGAAACAUCUGGCAGAUCAGCUAGGUUUUGACUAUUUUGAAGCUAGUGCCAAGGAAAACAUCAAUGUAAGGCAGGUGUUUGAGCGUCUCGUGGAUGUAAUCUGUGAAAAGAUGUCAGAGAGUAUAGAAUCAGACCCUUCCAGGGGCACUUCUGGAAGAAGCAUGCGACUCACAGACAACCCACCCCCUUCGCAGCAGAACUGCUCAUGCUAAUGGCCUUUCUCCCUGAGGAAUGUCCUUGUCCUUUCCCAACUAAAUUUUAUCUUUUCAUCUGUGGCAGUGCAUUAUCAUGUAGUCCAAAGGCAGAAAUCUCUGUUGUAGGAAACCGGUAUGUUUGUUUAAUGUGGAGUGUUAAUAUUACAUAUUUCCUUGUCCAAUAAUUUAAAAAACAAAAAUCUGAAUAAAUGUUGUAAGUGCACCUAGUGUUCAUGUGAGUUAUACUGAAGAAAAAUAAUUGUAUGGUGUUGCAAUUGUU